AUGAACAGCGCCACCGCCUAUCGCCGGUCGACCAUCGCGCCCCCCGUCUUCCGCCGCCCGGACCUCGAGGACGGCACCGGCGCCCGGCGUCGGACCUUCAACCCGGUCGACUGGCCGGCCUUUAAGGAAAACUGCGAUCUCGAGCGGGCCUCGAGCGCAGAAGCCGUCCCCUACGACCCCGACUGGGACAACGACGGGCCCGGGUCGGCGGAGCCGGACAACAUUGGCUUCGCCGAGGGCCUCAGGAGGAUCCUCAGCGUCUACCCGUGCCGCGACGCGCAGUGGGUCGUGGCCGUGCUGUUCAUCGUCGGCAGCACAUCCUUCACGGCGAGCUCCUUCUUCGCCCUCAUGCCCCUCGUGUUUCCCGAGACGGCCUUCCCCGGCGAGAUGGAGGUUGCGUUUCCGACCACCAUCACCAUCGGCGCCGGCAUGUUCUUCCUCGGCGGCAACCUGGCGACGAUUGCCUCGUUCAACGUCAACCGGGGCCCCGUCUCCGACGACGACGCCCUGGACGGCGAAAAGGGCUACGCGCCGCCGCCGAGGUACAACCCAGCCCUGCUCGGGAGCAAGGAAUGGGUCUGGUUCCCGUCGGGCGCCGAGUUCCGCGCCGUCUUCCUGCCCAACCCGGCCUUCCGCGCCGGCCUCGUGUCCAUGUCGGGCGGCCUGAUCCUCACCACGGCGGCCGUCGGCGGGAACCCCGUGCUGCUGGGCUCGCCCGAGGACCCGGCCUUCCCCGACAGGCUGCGCAACUUUGUCCUCAUCCCGCUGACCGUCGGCGGCGCGCUGCUCGCCGCGGGCGGCUUGGCCCUGACCAUGCUGGCCCAGGAGCGCUGGUACAAGCCGGCCGUCAUGUCCGUCGCCUGGCACGCCUCCUUCUGGAACAUGCUCGGCGCCCUGUCGCUGUCCCUGGCGAGCCUGUACAACAUCGUGGUCCCCGAGGACAUGCUGUCGCCGGCCGUCGUCAACUUUGUCGGCACCUGGCUGUUCUUUCUCGCGGCGUAUCUUCAGUGGCACAUGGUCAUGGUGUUUUAUCCUAGACGGGUUAAGUGA